UCCACUCUCAGAGACAGAUCGCGUGUCGCACACAGACUGUCUCUCCUAUGAUUCAUUCAUUCAGCAUUAAAAAGGACCGUUAUCAGGCAGCGGAUGGUGAUCGUGAAGCGCUAGGCGGGCGGACAGUGCUGCUAAUGAUGGAGGGACAGUGCAGUCGCUGUAAGAUCGUGGUGGUCGGUGACACACAGUGUGGGAAAACGGCGCUGCUGCAUGUGUUCGCCAAGGACAGCUAUCCAGAGAGUUAUGUGCCCACGGUGUUUGAGAAUUACACAGCAAGCUUUGAGAUCGAUAAACAUCGCAUCGAGCUGAACAUGUGGGACACAUCAGGGUCCUCGUAUUAUGAUAAUGUACGGCCUCUGGCGUAUCCAGACUCUGAUGCUGUGCUCAUCUGUUUUGAUAUCAGCAGACCAGAGACCUUGGACAGCAUCCCUAAGAAGUGGCAGGUCGAGGCUCAGGAGUAUUGUCCUAAUGCAAAGUUGGUGUUGGUUGGCUGUAAGCUGGAUAUGAGAACAGAUGUCAGCACCUUACGAGAACUGUCCAAACAGAGGCUCAUACCAGUCACACAUGAACAGGGGAGUCUACGAGCCCGUGAGUUGGGCGCAGUUGCAUAUGUGGAGUGUUCGUCCCGUAUGUGCGUGAACAGCGUCCGAGACGUCUUUCACAUCACCACGCUCGUGUCUGUCAGACGUGGCCCCGCCCCAAGCCUCAAGCGAAGCUCAUCACGCCGCACUCUCAAGCGCAUAUCUAAUCAGCCUCUACUGCCAGUCAGCUCAGAAGCCACACCCCUUGAACCCGCCCCUACCCUCAGGGAGGACAGAGCCAAGAGCUGCACAAUCAUGUAGACUCAAAUGCACGUACUUAUGCACAUCUGCACAUGCACACACAGUCACAGUGGUGUGUAUGAAUUGAGAAGAUAUGUGCAGAAAACAGACUGAUUCUCUGUAUUUACGGGACAUUGAGGGUCAUAUUUUUUUUCAUAUAUGGCCUAUAGGACUGUACAGAACAGUGUGAAUACAUAAUACAGAGGAGUUCUAUUUAUUAAUUCUUACUUUGCUUUUAUUUUUGUCAUUGUGUUUUAUGUAGCAGACCUAAGUGUCACAAAGUGUGUAAAGCAUAAGUAAAAGAAUAAAAAAAAAUAUUUGGAAUAUUAUGUGUUAAAUAUUUACUUUGAUGUGAUUACCAUAUUUUUAUAUAAUGGUAUAGUGUUUUUAAAAGUUACUCCACCACAUGUCCAAAAACAUAGUAACAUUGAAGUAAUUGGUACUUUAGUGCUGCUUUCUUUUUGUUUUUAUAAUGUAAUUUUUUCAUUCUCAUUUCCCAUUUGGUACACACAAUGAUUUGCAUUAGCGUAUAAAAACAAAGACAUCUGUGACUUUUGCUGUACGCUCUUUUACAUAUAUGACAGAACAAUCAGUCAUGCUCUGUGACAUCAAAAAGACCACAUUCACACUAUAAUGAAACACCAAUGCAAAUCCUGUGAAUGAUCUCAGGAAUUACGGAUUGUCAUUUAAACUUUAAAUGGUUUAAAUCACAAGGAUUCAAAUUUUCCUUGAUCUUUUGAGAGAAAAGAAUUCAUUGUGCUAUGAAAACAUACUAUAAUUUUCAUAACUCCAAGAUGAUUUAUUGAAACUAAGCUGAAAAAUGUCUGUUUCUGUUCUUCCACAACUUUGUGAUAGACUAAAACCUUUGAGCACAUGCACAUGACCCAUCACGCCUUUUCUGUUUGCAGAAAAUUGGCUUGCCCACUUCCAGUCACAGUUUAGUAAGAAGAAUGUAACAGGGCUGCACAAUUAAUAAAAUAAACAAAAAACAUUACAAUUACAGCUGCCACAGUUAACAAAUCUUGAAAUGUUUCAAUUACAGCAUUCCGUUUAUGUAUACUCUCAACGAUUUCUACUGUUUGAAUAUUGUAGCCAAUCACAGACAUGUCUGUUGCUCGGUUUCUGUGAAAUACCACAAAAUAUCUCGAAAUUAUUUGCAAUUACAAUGUCAAGGGAAACAAUUGACAAUUAUGAUUUCUGUCAUAACCUGCAGGCUUAGAAAGUAGUAUAGAUACUAUCCUAAAUACUAGAAUAACUAAUGCUGUCCCUGGCUGAGUUGCACCUAUAGGAUCCCUAUGUUUGAAACAAGUGUUUUGUGAAUCUUCACAGUAUAAUUCAGGUUUUGUAAAGAGGCUGUUAUUGAUGGAUGAGAUGGUUAAACAUUAUACUGAAGCUGAUAGCAAACCUGCACUGUAUCUCAUUUCACAUGAGAAGAGAGAGUUUACAUCAGAGUUUUAAAGGAACAGCAAUAAAUAUAUAAAUAAAUUAAAGGUUGAAUUCUAAUGGUCAAAAUGAUGGUGGAAAAUGCUCAUUAAAAAACUUCACUAACAUUGUAAGU